AACUCCCCCGGAUUCAGACUCACAGCCGAACAAGCUACAAAGUAACUGCGCCCUCCACCGUCUCCCAUUGAACACAUCCCUUCCUUUCUCUCGCUUUGCUCAGUAGCCGAGGGUCUGGGAAUCGCGACGAGCCCCGAGUACAUAUUGAUUGCCUUCUGCCACCCUUGAUCCUCAUCGUCUGCCAGCUCUACUAUUUCCCUCCUGCAUACCGAGGACGCCACCCCACUCCAUUCAAGAUGCCCGCCUCAGAGAACAUCCCGCCUCUUGCCGUCCCCUUUGUGUCGGAGCGGGCGAAGAAGCUGUUGGACUUGGUCGAGAAAUUCGUUGACGAGGAAUGUAUCCCCGCCGAUGUCGUCUACUCCUCACAAAUCGGCACCGGUGAUGCUCGCUGGCACGGCCACCCCUCCAUCUUGGAGGACCUGAAGAAGAAAGCCCGGGCCUUGGGCAUCUGGAACAUGUUCUUGCCAAAGAACCAUUUCAAGGAGGGGCCUCAGUUCACCAACGUCGAGUAUGGGCUUAUGGCCGAGCAGUUGGGCAAGAGUAUUACAGCCAGCGAGGCAUGCAACUGCGCCGCUCCUGACACAGGCAACAUGGAGGUCAUCGCCCGCUAUGGCUCCCCGGCCCAGAAGGAAAGAUGGCUCAAGCCUCUUCUCGCAGGCGAGAUCCGCUCAGGCUUUCUCAUGACUGAACCAGAUAUUGCCUCCUCGGACGGCAGCAACAUCAAGCUCCGCAUCGAGCGCAAGGGUGACCAUUACCUCCUCAACGGAUCAAAGUGGUGGUCUUCUGGCGCCGGUGAUGACCGCUGCAAGGUCUUCAUUGUCAUGGGCAAAUCCGACCCCAACAAUCCAGACAAGUACCGACAACAGAGUAUGCUACUGGUUCCAUCUGACACUCCGGGUAUCAUUGUCCACCGCAUGCUGUCGGUGUUUGGAUACGACGACGCCCCUCACGGCCAUGGCCACAUCACCUUCGACAACGUCAAAGUACCCCUGGACGCGCUCAUUCUGGGUGAGGGCCGAGGCAACGAGAUCAUGCAAGGCCGUCUGGGACCUGGUCGAAUCCACCACGCCAUGAGAGCUGUCGGCGCCGCUGAAAAGGCUCUCGAGUGGCUGAUCAACCGCCUCAACGACGACAGGAAGAUCCCCUUCGGAAAGCCCCUCCGCGAGCACGGUGUGCUGUUGGAGUGGGUCGCCAAAGCUAGGAUCGAGAUCGAUGCCUCGAGACUGGUUGUGCUGAACGCUGCCGUCAAGAUUGACCAGAAGGACGCCAAGUUCGCGCUCAAGGAGAUUGCCGAGGCAAAGGUCAAGGUGCCGCAAAUGGCGCUCGAGGUCAUUGACCGGGCAAUUCAGGUGCACGGUGCCAUGGGCGUAUGCCAGGAUACGCCGCUGGCGCACAUGUGGGCACACUUGAGGACGUUGAGAAUCGCCGACGGACCAGAUGAGGCCCAUCUCAGUCAACUCGGUCGCCGCGAGAACAAGACGCGCAAGGACGAGAUCCGGGCCCGCAUCGCACGCCAACAGGCCAAGACCGAGGAGCUCUUCCGAACCAUGGGUCUGGACCGUAACGAGCUGGGCUCGGCCAAGUUCAAGGCGAAGCUAUGAACGAAUACACGUCCAUUCUCUUGCUUGCUUUCUUUGCUUCUGUUGGUUAAGCGAAGUGACCAGGUAGGCGGGUGAGCGAGCGGACUUGUAUGUCUAUCUAUCCCCUAUGUAUUCGCUGGGCGUGGAGGAUGGUAGCCUAAAACGGCGCCUGCGUACGUAGCCAGAGACUGUGACGAGAACCGCACAAGCGCCAAAGCGAAAAAGUAAAGUAUAGAAACAGGCAAAGCUAGCUAGCCAGCAAGCAAGCAUCAUUGAUAUAAUGGGUCUGGAGUUGGUCUGACCUGGUCCGACCUUUUUCACACCUCAAACACGAAAGGAACGAAAAGCCCCCGACUCGGCCUUCGGUGAGGACUGGGAUGGGCGUAGCCAGGUAGCCAGGUCCCCGACAGACAGAGAUGUUUCCCUCUCUCCUUGGAAGGGAAAAAUGAGAGACCGAGAAUAGAGAAUUUGCAUGAAUAUAGGACGAUUUUCUGGUUGACUCCAUCC